AUGAGUAGUCCGGAACAGAUGGAAUCGAAUAGUUUCAAUUCCGAUGUGUCAGUUGAUGAAAAGAAAGAUAAAAGCGAUUCAACAACUGAUGGAAAAACAGAAAGUCCAGAACAGACAACUAUACCAACUUCAAGACAAGUGGGUGAUAGUUCAAGUGAAAUUUUACGGUCAAAUCAAAGCAGCAGUCUAACAGAAAGUGAUCUACGCACUACUAGCAGCAAUGCAGUAACCGUCAGUUUCACUGAAAGUGAGCGGACUAGUCGAUCGAGUAGUUUUGAGGGGGAUGAUGAUAAUGACGAUGACGAGGAUGACAGCAGUGGUAGUGAUGACACAAGUUCAAGUGACUCAGAGGAUGAUGAAGAGUCAGAUAAAACAAGUCAAAUGGCUGAUUUUUCUGGUCAAGGCUUUAAUGUGGUACCGUCGAUAAUAUUUCACAGAACUACAAUCACCAAGUUAAAUUUAUCCAAUAACAGCCUAAGCUUUUUACCAUCUGAAAUCUGUGUCAUGAUCAAUCUGCGUUAUCUGGACAUAAGUCAUAACAAUCUUCGAGGUUAUUCACAAGUGCCGGGAAUGAGUUCCACUGGUGUCUUUCAAAUGAAAAGUGGAGGGGAUAAAGUACAACUCAGUGGUGGUGGUGGUGGUGGUAAAUCCACCAGCUCUGCAAGGAAAUCACAUGUACAAUCACUUAACAACAGUAAUAAUAUUAAUAAUAAUAUUGAUGAUAAAACAGAAAGUACACAAUUCCCAAAAGAUAUGAAUCGUCUUGUUAAUUUAAAAACUUUAAAAAUGUCUUCCUGUGAAUUAAAAGUUAUUCCAAAGAUUAUUUUUCAGCUAACAAGUUUAACGAAACUGGAUUUAAGUGACAAUUGGACAACUGAACUUCCUGCUAUGAUUGGAAACCUAGUGGAACUGCGUUAUUUACUGAUAAAACGCAUGGGACUGAACACCUUUCCAAUACAGAUUAUUAACUGUUCUAAACUGCAUACAAUUAACGCAUAUGGAAAUGAGAUCACAUCACUUCCAGACGAAUUUUCUAGACUUCAUAAAUUGAAAGCGCUACAUCUGGAUUAUCGCCACUUUGUGAAAGGUUUGAUUAAACCAAGAAAAUCUUCAAAAAUUAAAAUGGUCAGCUUUACAGAAUUCACUGAUGAAGCCACACUUAACACCACCACCACCAACAGCACCACGAUAUCUGAAGUGGAUAAUCCAAGAAAAUCUAUCGAGGAAAGUUCCACCUCGAUUGCUGAGCGUAUUGAUUCACUGCUUCGUUCAGGUCAAAUGAAAUCUUAUCACAUACCUUCAGUUAUAUUUAAACUACGCAGACUACAGGUAUUACACUUAGAUCGUUGUCAGUUAAAUUUCCUCCCAGAGAAUCUGGCACAAAUGAAGGGCAUCUGUGAACUUCAUUUAUCAAAGAAUUAUUUCAGAGAAAUUCCAUGUGGAUUAUUCACACUGGGUAAUACACUUGAAUACCUGGAUUUAUCAUACAACCAGUUAGACGAAGUGAAUGGAUCAGUUGUGCUGCCAAACAAUUUCGGUUCUAAAUUUAUCGUUCUAAAAACGCUGAAAUUAUCUUCAAUGAAUUUGACCAGUAUAGGAAAUGGAGUGUUAUGUGGGAUGACUAAAUUGAAACUGUUAGAUCUGAGUUAUAAUAAGAUAAGCCAAAUACCUGAAGAUAUCUCCGCUCUGGUUAGUCUGAAAGAUUUCUACCUGAGUGAGAAUAAGCUCACUUCACUCCCGGAUGCAAUUUGUCAACUGAAAGAAUUGACAACACUAGAUUUGAGCUUCAAUCAGUUGAAUAGUUUGCCAGAGAAGUUCUACCUACUGAAAAAUCUUCAAGCAUCACAUCAAUAUGAUGGAUUAAACAAAUGCGGUCUAUGGCUUCAGGGGAAUCCUUUAAAUUUCCUGCCGCAUAGUGUAUGGAAAACAACAGAUACUAAAAACUUGUGGAAAUAUUUAGAGGAUCAAUCGUUGAAAAAGUUAUCCGAAAAUACUGAACCAACCAAGAUAAUAGUUAUCGGUGAUAAAUUCUCUGGAAAAUCGCUACUAAUCAAACACCUCAUCCACGAAUGUUCACGCGGUUCAAAUCAACAAGUAAAUGCAACUUCCCAACUGAACGAAAUCUCAUUAAAUCACAGUGAUGAAGGCUGCAGGCUGAAGAACAUGCUGAAUACUACAAAUUAUGUCAACUUACCACUACAAGCAUCACCGAUACUGAUUAAUCAUUGUACUUCACCGAAUGGAUAUGGCAUAGUAUUUUAUGAAAUCAAUUUACCUCCAGGAUGUAGUGAACAGCAUGUGCAUUGUGCAUCAUUGUGUUCGCCUAAUUCUGGUUUAGAAUUAAUUCUACCGCAUAUUUUAGAUGCCUACGGCUUUUUUAUUUUAGUCUUCAAUGUUAAUUUAUUGUGUAAAGCACACAUGGGGUCAGAAUCAUCAAGUAUGGAGGAGGAGGAGGAAAGUUUAUUCGAUAACAGCAUUUGGUCAUAUUUACGCAUGUUACGAAUGUAUGCACCCGGAUCUGUUGUCAAGUUAGUGGGAAUAAGUCUAGAUGAAACUGAUAUAAUUAGAAAUAAUAAUAAUAAUGCGGAUCGUUUUAUGAAUUCCACUCUGUCAGCUUCACUUAGCGAUGACAGUUUCAUUGCUAAACAAGAAAAUUUAUCGAAACCGUUGAAAUCAACAAAUUUACUCACGAAUAUUCAAUUCAACCAGUCUGAUGAGACAAGGCAAAAUAACAAGCAUGAUUUGAGUCAUCUACUUCAAUGGUAUGUACUCAAUAAAAUUACUCAGUUAUCAGACAGCUUCCAAUUUCUUAAUUCACCUGUUUUCUACAAACAUGAGGCAGAGCACUGCUCACUCACAGUCCUCGAGAAUGUCUCGUUUCUAAACUUAUCAUCCAAGUCACAAUCCAAAAGCGAGAAAAUCGCUAAACCGCUAAAAAAUAAACCAACUCCUUCAUUUGUCUACACGAGUAUAGAUGAUCUAUGGAAUGAGAUUGAACAUCGAAUAAACUUCAACAGUCAGUCAGUGAACAAAAGUAGUAGUCACAUUUCAAAGUCAUGGCUGUCUUUAAGUGCUUACAUUCACGAUAAACUGAAAUCAUCUUUCAUGGUGCAAAUCGAUGUACAAUCAAGGCAGAAUAUUGACACCUCUGCAUCACCUGAUGUCGACAAUAAUAAUAAUAAUCAGCUUGUUUUAAACAAGACAUUUUUUGAAGAAAUGUCUAUUGAUAACAUUGAAGAUUGUUUAAACUACUUUCAUACAACUGGUCAAUUACUUUAUUUUUCAAAACAUAAAUAUUUGAAAAACUAUUUAAUUCUCCGACCAGGAGUAUUUUUCUCUAUAAUACAUGGGAUUUUGAAUCCACAAAUAAUAGCUUCAGUGUAUUCUGACGACGAUGUGAAUGACAGCAAAGAAAAUUGUCAGCAUCAUAGAUGGUAUUUACGUGCACUGACCGGGUAUACAGAUGAAAGUUUAACAGAUUACUUCAGUACAUGGAAGCAUCAUAAAUCUUUCCCAUAUCAGAUGAUACGAUGUCUACUGCCACCGUUCGCCUUCCACCGGACAAGUCAUCCCAACAACCAAAUGAUGAAUAAAAAUCAGCAGCAACACCGAUCACUUCAACAUCGACAUAUGACUACAAGUAAACGAAGUCACCAUCUAGAAGUGCCUUCAUCCCACCACACAGUGCCAACAAGAAUAAUAUCGAGAAAUAUGUCAAAAUCUGCAAAAGGAGAGUUAAAACCAGUCGGAAGUCAAAUAGAUAAUUUUGAAUUAUCAAUCAGUUCAAUAAGUCCACUGAAUGUUGCAACUCAGAAGGUAUUACUGCUAACAGAAUUAUUAGAGGCUGGCUUUAUUAUCAAUGAGAAGUGUACAAUUAACUGUGAUCUAGAGAAAUUACAACCCAAUGAAAUGAAACCAUUUGUUGUAUAUCCUUGCCUGUUCUUUAACAAUCAGUCAUUGAAAGUGUCAUCCACUUGUUCAUUGCAAUCUCUUAAUUCAGAAUGCAAAGCUGACGACGACGACAGCAACAACAAGGAAGAAUUCGUGCAAGAAAUAUGGUUUCCUCUGGGAAGACCUAUGGGUUAUUUCAACCGACUGACAGUGUGCCUGUCUAAAAUACUUUCUGGUCAAGUCAGAUUCGAUAAUUUCAGUAAUUCCGUUUCAUGUUUAAAAUAUGUCGAAAAGGUUGCAUCAGAUAAAUCAAUUACCACACGUAAUACCUUCACAGUUGAACACGACUGCUGCUUUGAUAUCAGAUUAGAAGAAGUGACAGUUGAUGGCAGUGUAUUCGACAUGCCACAGUGUCACUGUCUACAUGGAAUUAGAUGUGUUUUUUUCCACAGAGUAGCGAAAUGCGGACAACAUCUCUCUGAGUUGUCAGAACCAAGAGAAAUCACUUUCGAUCCAGUUGCAUGGUUUACUGACACAUGUAUCGAGUUGAAUAAUGAGAUACCAGGAUUGUAUUGGUUUUGGUCCAAGUGA